AUGGAGCUGGACCAGGCCAUAUCGCUGUGGCGCGGACGCGCUGCCGACGCUGUGUUGCUGGGUGCGUCAUCUUCUGUCGCCAAAGAUGGAAGUCGCCUGGUUCUGUUGACUUCGGCGGAAGAUGUACGCGAGAUCAGCGCUCCUGCGCGAAAAUGCAUCAACCACUGGACCUUCCGUGCUGGCAGUGUCCAUGCGCUGCAUGUGGCCGCAGCACGUCAUCCGCACUCGCGUGUAUUCUUCGGUGUAUGCGGCGCUCCAGGCGUAGGCGCCAGUAAGAAAGCGCGCCAGGCUAGACGGCCUCGCCGUCUGGCGCGACACGGAUCUGGACGAGGUCGUCGUGGUGUUCCAGAACGGCUCCUUCACUACGUACGACGAAGACCUGAUCAGAGGACUACACAGUGA